AGGGCGGCGGCAGCGGCAGAGCCGGGCUGAUCCCAGCGCAGCGGAGCUGCUGGCGGGGCGGGCGGCCGGCCGGCGUGCGGUGGGGCGCAUGGCGGGCGCAGGCGACGAGCGGACGCCACUGCUGGGCGCGCGGCGGGCGGCGUUCGAGGGCCGGCGCGCGGCGUGCGCGGCCGUGCUGCUGACGGAGCUGCUGGAGCGCGCCGCCUUCUACGGCGUCACGGCCAACCUGGUGCUGUUCCUCAACGGCACGGCGUUCGGCUGGGAGGGCGCGCAGGCCAGCCAGGCGCUGCUGCUCUUCAUGGGCCUCACCUACUUGGUGUCGCCGUUCGGGGGCUGGCUCGCCGAUGCGCGGCUCGGCCGGGCGCGCGCCAUCCUGCUCAGCCUGGCGCUCUACCUGCUCGGCAUGCUGGCCUUCCCGCUGCUGGCCUCGCCCGCCACGCGCACGGCGCUCUGCGGGGCCCCCCGCCCCACGCGCGUCCGCAACUGCUCGGCGCCGCCGUGUGCCGAUGCGCCCGGCCGCUACUGCGCGCCCGCCGCGCUGUCAGCUCUCGCGCUCGUGGGCCUGGGUGUGGGCGCCGUCAAGGCCAACAUCACGCCCUUCGGCGCCGACCAGGUGAAAGAUCGUGGUCCAGAAGCCACGAGAAGAUUUUUUAAUUGGUUUUAUUGGAGCAUCAAUUUGGGAGCCAUCGUUUCUCUGGGGGGCAUUGCCUACAUCCAGCAGAACGUGAGCUUUGUCACCGGCUACACCGUCCCCGCCGUCUGCAUCGGAGUGGCCUUCGUGGCCUUCCUCUGCGGCCAGACCUUCUUCAUCACCAAGCCGCCCGACGGCAGCGCCUUCACGGACGUGUUCGGGAUCCUGGUGUACUCGUGCUGCCCCCAGAAGCGAAUCAGGGCACGCGGUCCUAGUGGUGAAGGCAUUGGAGUCUUUCAGCAAUCUUCUAAACACAGUCUGUUUGAUUCAUGUAAGAUGUCUCACGGAGGGCCAUUCCCGGAAGAUAAAGUAGAAGAUGUGAAAGCUCUUGUCAAGAUUGUCCCCGUUUUCUUGGCUCUGAUACCUUACUGGACAGUGUAUUUUCAAAUGCAGACGACGUAUGUUUUACAAAGUCUUCAUUUGAAGAUUCCAGAAAUUUCCAGUAUUACAACCAAUCCUCACACGUUUCCGGCGGCCUGGCUGACCAUGUUCGAUGCUGUGCUCAUCCUCCUGUUAAUUCCCGUGAAGGACAAACUGGUGGACCCCGUCUUGAGAAGGAAAGGGCUGCUCCCGUCGUCCUUGAAAAGGAUCGCGGUGGGCAUGUUCUUUGUGAUGUGCUCGGCCUUCGCAGCAGGAAUUUUGGAAAGCAAACGGCUAGACCUGGUGAAGGAGAAGACCAUUAACCAGACCAUUGGAAACGUCGUUUACUAUGCUGCGGAUUUGCCAAUCUGGUGGCAGGUCCCCCAGUACGUGCUGAUCGGCGUCAGUGAGAUAUUUGCGAGCAUCUCAGGCCUGGAGUUCGCGUACUCGGCCGCCCCCAAGUCCAUGCAGAGCGCCAUCAUGGGGUUGUUCUUCUUCUUCUCUGGCGUCGGGUCCUUCGUGGGCUCAGGACUGUUGGCACUGGUGUCCCUCAAGGCCGUCGGGUGGAUGAGCAGCCACACGGACUUCGGCAACAUCAACGGCUGCUAUUUGAACAAUUAUUUUUUUCUUCUGGCCGCUAUUCAAGGAGCUACCCUUCUGCUCUUCCUUAUUGUUUCCGUGAAAUAUGACCUGCAGCGGUCGAGAGCAAACGGCGCCCCCGCCAGCAGGAGGACCUGAUGCUCCUGCACCCCCGUCAGAUCUGUGGGACGGACAGAUGGACGGACAGAUCCGUGGGAAGGUGCUCUGGGGGCUCGGAAAGCAAACGGCUGACUUCCCUAGAACUUGCGUAGUGCUGGGGUUGAUUCCUUCUUUUGCACCCGGCGGCCUCGGUAAGUGCCUUCCUGUGGUUGAGCCCUGCUAAAGGCCUCUGGUCACCCUGCAGCUGGUUUCCCCUCUGACACACACCUGCUGCCGCGGGUACCGAGUCUCGGGAGGCGACACCCGUGCUGGUUGGCGUCCCGCUACUGUCAACAAAUCUCAUCCUCUCCUUCCCACAAAACGCGC